CGAAUAAGGUUUUAAAUAUUUCAAUCUAAACACACUAUUACAAAUUAGUUAUUAGAGAUCACUUGCUGGCUGAUACUCAAGAAAUCAAUUUGAGAGAAAAUAAACAAACACCCAUAAAAUAUAGCUGUGUUUGACUGUCACACGAUAUUUAUAUGAUUAUUACGCCGUGGUUUUGUCAGCUUUAUUACUGAUAAAACAAAACAAAUUGUUUGAAAAAAAUGCACAGUCAACGAUGGAUGUUCACGUCACCUGGUGGAGAAAACGAAUACAAGAAGCCUUCAGUCACCCGAGCACAUUAUGAUGCAGUUUUCGAAGCGAAGAAGAUGCAGGAGAAAAACCAUAUCGAGACUGAAAGUGAACGUAAGAGACGCAUGCUGGAGGAUUUCAUGUGGCAACAGAUGACCAAAAGGACGUUGGAUCAGAUUGAAAAGCAACAGCGAUGCGCUAAUGAGACUAAAGCCUGUAGUACGUACGCAGAGUCCUUUGUUUUACCUGGAUUUAAAGUUAAAGAACUGGGUUUUGAAAUCGACGAAGAACUUCAACAAAAAUAUCCACUGUACACCGAUAUGGCAAAGUCGUCAAACGUAAGAGACUUAGAUACGAUUAAAGCAAAAAAUCCUAUACAUAAAUCUUAUACAAAGUUAUUCAGAAAAGACAGUCGUUUUACCAGUCGUCUAAGUAAUCCAAUGGAUAUUCAUGCUCCAGUUGAGCCUGGUCAUUUCGCGUAUAUCUAAUAAAAUUACUUUAUAAUAAAAUGUUAUGCUUAUUAGUUAUAUACUACCAUGUUAUGUAAGUGUAACAUAACGUAAUAGAUCUUUGAGCAUAAGCAAAAUUUUUUAUUUUUUUUUUUGGGGGGGGGGAGUUUAUUUCUCUAGAAACGAAUUUAG